GGAAGAAGUAAAGGGGGUCGAUUUCCGAUUGGAGAAACAGAUAACGAAUCUAAAUCAGCAAAGCAAGAUGGCUGAAGUCGUGGAGCUCCAGAAACUAAAGGUUGUUAACACGUUUUAUCUAAGUUUAAACCGUCUUAUACAGGUAUUAUAUUUUGGGAAGAUUAAUUAUCGUAUGUUGUUAGCUAUGUUUACUUUGUAAAUCAGGAUCUUGUAUGCUGCAGAUCCCUGGACACCUAGAGCCGCAGUUAGCUAGCAAGGUAGCUGAUGCUAACGGACAGGAAGGGAAAUAAUCCAUGCUUGCUGCACACAGGUGCACGGUGUAGCUAGCGAGGCAUUUUGAGGUUUGAUAUAGCCGAACUGACUGGUACCCAGACUACGUGGAUAACAUUCCACUCCUUGUGAUAUGCCAAAAAUGUUUAGCAUGACAGGAGUGGAAUGAUAGCUAAACAGAAUGGUACCCAGACUAAUAUCCACACUUGUUGAAUUGAUUUAGUCUGGCUUUAUCUCAGCGAGGGCCAAAGUUUGAUCCACUACUGCUGUGAAGUUCGCAACGAACGGACAGCAUCGGCGCAUGCGCGACUAUAAGUGAACGAAUGAAUGAAAUUGUACAGUAUGUUUGUUCUUGAGCAUGUUAUUGUUAGGCCUAACUUGUCUAUGUUGGGCGCAGUGUUUCCGCUGCACUGUUUGCUGUGGCGCUGUGCCACGGCAAAGGCAUUGCCGCCACGCAAAAAAAUAUGGAACAUUAACAAAUAUUUGAAGAUGCUAGGACAGUCCUCAUUUACUUUUCCUCUGCAAACAAACCGAGUAAUUACUAUAAAAAUCCGACAACGCCAUAGUAGAAUAGUUCAUCUAUUUACCGAGUCGGCUUGUUGUGUGUGCGCUAUGCGAGAGAAAUAUACCUCGUGGCGCAUUCAAGUUAUGACUGCCAUAGGGAAGGAAACAUGCAUUCUGACAAGCAGUCAAUGCACAACAAUUAUUGCAACCGCGAAAACAUCCGUUUUAAUGGCCUUUGUUAAAAAGAGGGGGAUCCCAGCUUUCCAUUCCUACUUUUAUUUAUUUCUCAACUAAAUAUGCGCGAACUGAACUAUUUUAAACCAGGAGAAGCAUAGUUAAGCAAGUUACCACUCUGCAAUUGGCAGUGAGUGCAUAGGGGAGAGUGGGGCUAAACACCGGUCAACAGGUAGGCCUACAUUAUAUUCACUGUUUAUGCAAGUUUUUUUUUCGGACAUAAAAUUCAUCAAAAGGAUAACUAGUUAAAAGAGAACAUUUGGGAUCUGGCUAAUGAUUAGCCCAAUAGGGUAAAUUCAGAUAGGCAACCCCAUGCUUCAGCUUAUUUAUUUGCAAUGUGCUUCAUCAGUUGGGCUACAGAUGAUGUUUAUUGCUAAUAGUAUACCUGAUCAUAUGGACCAUGUAUAGGCUAUUUACAUGGACCAAUAUGUAAAAAGAAAAAUAACAAUGUGUUAUUGGGCUAAUUUCUGGAGGUGGAUAUUAUAUUUUAGAUGGUGUCAGCAUACUUUUAUUUUAAUUCAUUUUUGGAGUAGCGUGUCCUUUAAAAAAGUCAUCAGAACUGAGCUUCUAAAUUGUAGGAGGGACCUCCCCCACCCCCCACAACCCCCCAAACACUGUUGGGCAGUACAAUUUCAAUUGCAAGAACUGCCAUUUAGUGGGAAUUUGCCAUCUAAAAUGUAAUCUAACCAGCAAUCCACACUUUUCUGUCCUUCCACAGCUUGCUGAGCUGAAGCAGGAGUGUGAAGCCAGGGGUCUGGACGUGAAGGGCAACAAAGUGGAACUGAUCACACGACUACAGGCUCAUCUAGAGGAGCAUGGUGAGCAUGCAAUAAUGGAUGGACUAAAUACGCAUGGGGUCAGGUUCCCAGACACAGAUAAAACCUAGUGCUGGCCUAAAUAUAUUCUCCAUUUAGCAUAUUUUUAGGUCCUGAAGUAAGGGCUAGGCUUCACCUGUCAGGUAAACUGGCCCAUGGAGUGGAAAGUGUGAACUUGCUGACAUCUAGCCCCAACCCCUUGACACUCUAAAAGGUGUGAGCAAUAUGGCAAGAAUUCCACCCAGUCUAUGAAAAGGGUGCUUAAAUCUAUGAUUUUUUUCCUAAACAGAGGAUGACAUAGGCCUAAUUGAAGAUGAUGUGCUGGGAGAAGAGCCAGAGGUAAGCCUGGUUUUAAAACGGUAUGGCUGCAAUGGCACUUCAUGUAUGGAUUAGGUGACUUCCACCAUGUCCAGUAUGACUUUCAUCAUAUACAGUAUAAAGUCACUUUGUACAUGCUACAAUUGCUUGGGUGAAAUAUCUGACAUGAAAAUAAAUGUAUAAUCGUAGGAGCAUUUCUUGAUGAUGCUUUGUGCAUUUGACAUGUAGGACCUCUCAAAAGAGGAGGAUGCCGUCACUGGGGAUAACGAUGAGAAACCAGUAGCAGUGUCUGAGGAGUACGUUUUUCAUUUUAUGUUGACACUCAUUGAAGAGGGACAUUUUCUUUUCAUGAUCUGAUGCCCCUAAUUAUUGAAAUGUUAAUCAAUGUGAUUUGAAUGUUUUACAGGACGUCUGAAAAGAAAGUGGUAAAAAUCAAACCUCCAGUGUCUGUGGAUGAGGUAAUACGAUGCUUGUUGCACUCUUUCACCAGUCAUGACAGGUCUUCGAUGCAAUGAUGGUGUGCUAACCUUAUCGUGAACAUCUUUUUAAUCCCGUAUUCCCAGAGGUUACAGAAAAGAGCAGACCGCUUCAAUGUCCCUGCAUCAGCUGACAGCAAGAAGGCCAUACGUGCUGCCAGGUCAGUACCCCACAAGUACCCAACCAUUCUUCUAAAUUAUAGAAUAACUAUCCCCUGCACUAUUAAUUGACUAUUGAUUGGGCAUAUCUAUGAAACUAUAUAUUAAAGUUUAUUAAAUAUGUCUUGUGUUCAGGUUUGGUUUGCCCGCUGCUGCACCUCCAACUUCCACCACGGGUCAGUCUCAAUCUUCCAGUCAUUUACAGUUCUCAUGUUGUGUGGUUUUAAUGUUAUUUUUCCAAGAACCAUAACCUGCAGUAAGUUUACUAAAAAAGGUUGAACAACAUAAUUUAUGACAAGUAAUGGUAGGAAAACAAUACAAUGUUUUCUCCUGCAUUGGCUCUCUGGUUUUAAUCAGUGUUUUUUUUCCUCUUUUCUUUCUAUCAUAGGUGUUACUGUGAAUAAAUCCACUGCAAGUAAUCCACAUAUCUGUGUGAUAAGCAGUCACCUCUCCUCAUUUAAUUAAUGUGACCAUUAGUGACUCAGACGAUUUCAUGAAAUAUUUCUCUCACUCUGUGUUCUGUGUAGCCGGUCAGCGUUGAACAGCUAAAAAAGCGAGCUGAACGAUUUGGCGGGAACGUUUCUUCAGUCUCCAAGAAGGUGAGCUCGUAGGGAAAGGCCAGCUUCUAGAUUAGACUACAAGGCAUCCUAAAAGUUGAAAGAAAUGCUGAAUUGAAACCUAGUGAUUAUACUUCAGCAUUUCUGAUUAGGCUAAGCCACCUCCAUGUUACAGAUUUAAGACCAUAUUUGUGUGUUCCAGGUUGAGGAAGAUGAAAAGCUGAAGAAGCGGAAAGAAAGAUUUGGGAUCCUCACUGCUGCUGCAGCUGUCGCACCUGACGUUGAGGUAUGUUUUCAGAUUCUGUUUAUUAUCGAAUCGAUACAGGUAUAUAUUACAGGUAUAUCUUUCCUAUUUUAUACCAUAAAGAGAGAGUAAACAUUUAUGAUUUCAUAUUUUUCCGCAGGCAAAGAAACAGAAGCGUUCUGAACGAUUUGGAAAUGUGACAGUAUAAAUUGGGGUAUUUUUAAGCGCUGAUUUAUGCUUUUUUAUUUUGUGUUGCAAACAGAAUUGAAAUGUACUGUAUAUAGCUUGUCAGUUGUAUUACAUUUGGUCAUUAAAGUAGUUUUCAAUUCUU